CACACGCAGCGAGAGGGGAGCCUGUAGAGACAGCUCCGCACCCAGACAGAAUGGUACAGCACGCCGAGACGGAGCAGCAGCACUGAGAUCAAGGCUCUCAGUCUCCAGCCCUCCUUCGCUCGGCUCGGCGAGAAGAGAGACCGACCGGGGGGAGCCUGGCUUUUCUUCAAGCGGCCGAAGGCUGAGGGGUCUGGAGAGCGAUUCCAGCCGGAGGAGAAACGGUGGGGGGAAGGCGAGCCCGCUGAGCUGCCCCGGCCCCGCUCGCUCACGCAUACUGGAUGUGGGACGCGGCAGCGGCAGAGACCUCCAGAUCCUCGCGAAAUGUUGCAAUGGAAGGCUCAAGGUCUGACUCGCCGGGAGCAGCCGCAGCAGCCGCAGCAGGAGCAGCCAACGCGGUAUGAAGUGGUCUGUCAGCAGCAGCAGCAACAGAGAAUCGCCUCCCAGCCAGACGUCCCCCGGUCCCCCUGGAUCGCCCCGAAACAGCAGCCCCAGCGCGCUGGGGGGAGCCACGGCGGACCCACUCCCUGGGUCGCCAAAACAACAGCAGCUCCGGCUCUGCGGCGGCAACAUGGCCUCAGCUGUUAAUGCCUCGGAGCCGGAGAACAGCGGCGGCGAAGGAGGCGGCUGCAGGGAGCCAGAUCGGCCGGGCAGAAGCGGCGGCAGGAGGCGGAGAAGGACCGGCGGGAACAGACGCGUCGCGCCGCCUGAUCUGGAAUAUCUGCAGCGCCCGAGCUACUGCGAUGCGGGGUUCGCCUUGGAGCAGAUAGCGAAGGGAAAGGCUACUGGAAGAAAAGCACCAUUGUGGCUGCGAGCAAAGUUUCAAAGACUGUUGUUUAAACUGGGCUGUUACAUUCAAAAAAACUGCGGGAAAUUUUUGGUGGUUGGCCUUCUGAUAUUCGGAGCUUUUGCUGUGGGAUUAAGAGCAGCUAAUCUCGAAACCAACGUGGAGGAGCUCUGGGUAGAAGUUGGUGGACGAGUGAGUCGGGAGUUAAGUUACACGCGCCAGAAGAUUGGAGAAGAAGCUAUGUUUAAUCCCCAGCUCAUGAUUCAGACACCACAAGAAGAUGGUGCUAAUGUACUAACAACCGAAGCACUCAGACAGCACCUCGAUUCUGCACUUCAAGCCAGCAGGGUACACGUGUAUAUGUAUAACAGGCAAUGGAAAUUGGAACACUUAUGUCAUAAAUCAGGUGAACUUAUCACAGAAGCUGGUUAUAUGGACAAGAUCAUAGAACAUCUUUAUCCUUGUUUAAUUAUCACACCUUUGGACUGCUUCUGGGAUGGUGCAAAGUUACAGUCAGGGACUGCAUAUCUUCCAGGAAAACCCCAUUUGCAGUGGACCAACUUUGACCCACUGGAAUUCUUAGAAGAGUUAAAGAAAAUAAACUCUCAAGUAGAUAGCUGGGAAGAAAUGCUAAAUAAGGCUGAGGUUGGUCACGGGUAUCUGGAUCGACCUUGUCUAAAUCCCGAAGAUCCUGACUGUCCUAGCACAGCCCCUAAUAAAAACUCAACCAAACCUCUCGAUGUGGCUGUUGUUUUAACUGGAGGAUGUUAUGGGUUGUCAAAAAAAUACAUGCAUUGGCAGGAAGAACUGAUUGUUGGUGGCACAGUUAAAAAUGGUACAGGGAAACUUGUCAGUGCUCAGGCUUUACAAACCAUGUUUCAGUUAAUGACUCCCAAGCAAAUGUAUGAGCACUUCAAGGGCUAUGACUACGUUUCACACAUCAACUGGAAUGAGGACAAAGCAGCUGCAAUUUUGGAAGCCUGGCAGAGGAUGUAUGUUGAGGUUGUUCACCAAAGUGUUGCACAGAACUCUACUCAGAAGGUCCUUUCCUUUACUACAACUACCCUGGAGGACAUCCUAAAAUCAUUUUCUGAUGUCAGCGUUAUCAGAGUUGCCAGUGGCUACCUAUUAAUGCUUGCCUAUGCCUGUUUAACCAUGCUGCGUUGGGAUUGUGCUAAAUCCCAGGGUGCCGUGGGGCUAGCAGGAGUCUUGUUAGUUGCACUCUCAGUAGCUGCAGGAUUGGGUCUGUGCUCGUUGAUUGGGAUCUCCUUUAAUGCUGCCACAACUCAGGUUUUACCCUUUCUUGCUCUAGGAGUUGGUGUCGAUGAUGUCUUCCUUUUGGCACAUGCUUUUAGUGAAACUGGGCAGAACAAGAGAAUUCCAUUUGAGGACAGAACAGGAGAAUGUCUGAAACGCACCGGAGCAAGUGUGGCCCUUACAUCCAUCAGUAAUGUUACUGCUUUCUUCAUGGCUGCCUUAAUUCCAAUUCCUGCUUUACGGGCAUUUUCUCUCCAAGCUGCUGUGGUGGUAGUAUUCAACUUUGCCAUGGUCCUGUUAAUUUUCCCUGCUAUUUUGAGUAUGGAUCUAUAUCGUCGUGAAGAUCGGAGACUGGAUAUAUUCUGCUGUUUUACAAACCCAUGUGUCAGCAGAGUGAUUCAGAUUGAGCCUCAGGCAUACACAGAUGCCAGUGACAACACACGCUACAGCCCUCCACCACCCUACAGCAGCCACAGUUUUGCACAUGAAACUCAGAUCACAAUGCAGUCCACAGUCCAGCUGCGCACUGAAUAUGAUCCUCAUACCCAGGUUUAUUAUACGACAGCAGAACCUCGUUCGGAAAUAUCAGUGCAGCCAGUCACAGUGACACAAGAUAACCUCAGCUGCCAAAGCCCAGAAAGCACAAGCUCAACCAGGGAUCUCCUUUCCCAGUUCUCAGACUCUACACUGCAUUGUCUUGAGCCAGCCUGCACGAAAUGGACACUCUCAUCUUUUGCAGAAAAGAAGUAUGCUCCAUUCCUUUUAAAACCGAAAGCCAAGAUCAUAGUCAUUUUUCUUUUUCUGGGCUUGCUUGGCCUCAGUCUUUAUGGAACUACCUGUGUGAGGGAUGGACUGGAUCUUACGGACAUUGUACCACGGGAAACCCGGGAAUACGAUUUCAUUGCUUCCCAGUUCAAGUAUUUCUCAUUCUACCACAUGUACAUAGUUACCCAGAAAGCAGAUUAUCCCAACAUCCAACACUUACUUUAUGAACUUCACAAAAGGUUUAGCAAUGUGACAUAUGUUUUGCUGGAAGAAAACAAGCAGCUUCCGAAAAUGUGGUUGCACUACUUCAGAGACUGGUUACAAGGACUUCAGGAUGCUUUUGACAGUGACUGGGAAGCUGGGAAGAUCACAUACAACAGCUACAAAAAUGGAUCAGAUGAUGCUGUUCUAGCUUACAAACUUCUGGUGCAAACAGGCAUCCGAGAAAAACCUGUUGAUAUUAGCCAGUUGACUAAACAACGUCUGGUGGAUGCAGAUGGAAUCAUUAACCCAAAUGCCUUCUACAUCUACCUGACAGCCUGGGUUAGCAAUGACCCUGUGGCCUACGCUGCUUCUCAAGCCAACAUCCGGCCCCACCGCCCAGAAUGGGUCCACGACAAAGCAGACUAUAUGCCAGAAACCAGGUUGAGAAUUCCAGAAGCUGAGCCUAUAGAAUAUGCUCAGUUUCCUUUCUACCUCAAUGGACUGCGUGAUACUUCUGACUUUGUGGAAGCUAUUGAAAAAGUGAGAGCAAUCUGCAAUAACUACACCAGCCUUGGUGUUCCCAGCUACCCAAAUGGAUAUCCAUUUCUUUUUUGGGAACAAUACAUUGGCCUUCGUCACUGGCUCCUCUUGUCCAUUAGUGUGGUUCUGGCUUGCACAUUUCUGGUGUGUGCCCUCUUCCUUCUGAACCCCUGGACUGCUGGGAUCAUUGUGCUGGUGCUGGCUCUAAUGACUGUAGAACUCUUCGGCAUGAUGGGUUUAAUUGGGAUCAAGCUGAGUGCUGUACCUGUAGUCAUCCUUAUUGCUUCUGUUGGCAUUGGAGUAGAGUUCACAGUCCAUAUUGCCUUGGCAUUUCUGACUGCCAUAGGAGACAAAAAUCGCAGGGCUGUUCUUGCAUUAGAGCACAUGUUUGCACCUGUGUUGGAUGGAGCUGUGUCUACUCUGCUUGGUGUAUUAAUGCUUGCAGGAUCCGAGUUUGAUUUUAUUGUCAGGUAUUUCUUUGCUGUCUUGGCAAUUUUAACCAUCUUGGGUGCUUUGAAUGGAUUGGUACUUCUUCCCGUUCUUCUUUCCUUCUUUGGACCAUAUCCUGAGAUUUCUCCAACAAAUGGAAGGAGCAGGUUACCAACACCUUCUUCUGAGCCUCCCCCAAGUGUUGUGAGAUUCACCGUACCACCAGGUCAUGCUCCAAAUGGAUCAGAUUCUUCUGAUUCUGAAUACAGUUCUCAGACCACAGUAUCAGGAAUCAGCGAAGAGCUCCAUCAGUAUGAGACCACACAAAGAUCUGGUGCACCUGUCCACCAAGUAAUUGUUGAAGCAACUGAAAACCCUCUCUUUGCUAGAUCCACUGUGGUCCAACCAGAGACUAGAUAUCAUCAGUCAAGUCCAAGAUUACAGACAAAUCAAGAGCCUGGAUCCCAACAAACGUGGCAUCAAAAUAAGCAACCCAAAAGGGAAGGAUUCCGGCCACCGCCUUAUCGGCCACGCAGAGAUGCUUUUGAAACUCCUACUGAUGGGCAUUCUUGUCCUAGUAACAGGGACUUCUCUAGCCAUAGAGGUCGCUCUCAGAAUAUCAAAACCCCAGUCUUCACUGCCAUGGGCACUUCUGUGCCAACAUACUGCCAGCCUAUCACUACUGUGACUGCCUCAGCUUCAGUUACUGUCGCUGUACACCCUGCUGUGCACAGCCACAAUACUCGUGCGGGAGGCUUUCCAUCCUAUGAGGGAUACCAUGAAACCCACCAUGGACAAUUUGAGGACCCUCAUGUGCCUUUUAAUGUCCGGUGUGAAAGGAGGAACUCUAAAGUAGAAGUAAUAGAACUGCAAGAUGUUGAAUGUGAAGAAAGGACACGUGGCAACAGCUCAGAUUAAGGCAAAUAACUGAAGCAAAGAAGAGGCCAAAGAUGGGAAACCUUCUCUUUCCAGAACUGCUUGAAGAGAAACUGCUUGAAGUUAUGGAAAAGGACAUGCUGCAUCAGGGCAACAGUUCACUGUUACUGUAACCUAUUGUAUUAUUUGUUAAAUAUUUCUAUAAAUAUUUAAAAGGUGUACACAUAUGUAUUAUACAAGAAAAACCAUGUAAAGUAGUAUAAUCUGGAGUUGUGUUAACUCCUGUUUAACAGAGUGGGGACGAUAUUGUUUGUGCUCUGUAGGUUUUGUACAUUAAUACCUGUGCCACAACUAAGCUUAAUCUAGUCAUAAAUUUCAGCAUACGUUGCUGCUGCUUAAAUAUUGUAUAAUUUACUUGUAUAAUUCUAUGCAAAUAUUGCUAAUGUAUUAGGAUUUUUUUUUGUAAAGGUUUGUGUGUGUGAGUGUGUGUUAAAGUAUUUUAAAAUUUCCAUAUCACAGCCCUGUGGUAGUAUGAAAUGUUCCUGUUAACUGUCAACACGCUAUGCGUGAUAAUUUUUUUUUAAAUGAGCAGAUAUGAAGAGCAGUAUGUUAACCUUGGUGACUGAAGUAUGUGUAGAUGUGCAUGAGUUUUAUGUUUCUGAGAUGUGUAUUUGCAUACUAUAGUGACUUUAUGAAGCACAGACUACUAGGAACUUCCUGCUCGAGUCCCAAUGAAACAAAUGGCUUACAUGCAAAAGUAUGGCUUUUGUGCCAGUACACAACCAAUUGCUCAUGUGCAGAAGAUGGUCUUCGAAUAAGGGGCCCCCACAGUAUAAUCUUCCUUGAGCUUUAUUUACCAGUGUUCACCAAGAUUAUUAACGUUAAUGAAAGACUUCAGUCUUGCAAACAGUUACUUGUGAACAACUGCUAUUGAAAUCAAUGGCACUUCCAUGUGUGUAACUGUAUGAGGGACUGUAACCAGUCUGAAUUAUCUUCUUGUAGGCAGUGAAAAUAUUACUGGCAAAAUAUAAUUAGAAUUUAACAGCAACUGCUGACAUCAUUGAAGGACAGAGAUAAAGCAGAAGAGUGGGAAUCAGAAUUUGCAUGGGUUCUAGUUCUGAAUCUUCUUUUGAGUUGAGUUUGGCUUUAGUCAAAUUAUUUAUUCUAUUGUGGGUUUUUUUCUCAUUUAUUCAAUGGUUAUCUAUUCUUGCAUGGGGAUUGUCCCCAUGGGUAGACCAACAAAUUGGUUAACGGGUUUAGAAAGAAAUGUUUUUUUGCAUCAGACCAAUACGAGCAUCAAAUGUUAGUGUAAAGGAGAGCAGUCAUUUUUCACACAGUUAGACCCUGAUGGACCAUGUUGGACUGUUUAAGAACUGUUCAUUCCAAUGAUAACCAUUAUUUGAUUGAAACUCAUGUUUAUCCCAGCAUCACCUUUUGUCUUCACAUAGCCCAGCUAGAUACUUGUCAUUGUAAUGUGUGAAUUGAUAUUUUUUCCUGCCCCUAUCUUUAAAAUGCUUUGAGAUGAGGCAGCUGUUUACAUGUAUCUAAUGGGAACAUUCAAAAGAUAGAAAGGUGCAUAUAGUUUCAGUGGUGAAUAAACCAAUGUAUAGAUGUGCAGCAAGACAAAACCAACUGGCUGAGUUUCCAGGCUUAGUGGCAAAAAGACAUCAGGCCCCAACUAAGGAUUAGCAGUGCAGUAAUUUCAGGUUUAAUAACUGUGAUAGAACUGUAUGAUAUUACCAGGUAUCUUCCACUGACAACAAUAUGUGCAUGAAAGAACACAGUGUCCCACUGAUACUCACUUCGGACCUAUUGUUCAGUCACUCCCACUCUAGUCCCACUGUUUUUUAAAAAAACCAGGAAGAUAAGGAGCAAAUAGUAUGAGCAUUAAUAUUAAAUAUCCUUACCACCUUAGUAUGUCUGUGAGCGUGUUUUGUGUGUAUGAAAGAGAGAGAUCCUCCUUCCCUUUUUAAUGUCUGCUCCUUGGUGCAUAGUGUAGACCAUUUUCUCUUAUUGUCACAUUGGCAAAAAGAGAUCUCAGUGGCUGGCUUUUUUACUUGUUGUUGAUAUUUAUAUUUUUGUAUUAUAAGAAUGUUUUCUUACAGUAUUUGUCAUGCCAGUUUAUAACAAACACAGUGCAGGGAUUUUAUUUCUAUUGGAAACACUAUUACAGCUAUGUUUUUACUUCUUAAUGGGAUUUUUAUUUGUAUAGAAUGCUUACUAAUGUUAAAUAGGAAAAGAGUAUAUAACAUUUACAUUAAGGACUCAUUUUGUAGCUUUUUAGUGCAAAGAUUUAAAAGGAAAAAAUAUUCAAACUGGGUCUCAUUGCCUGCUGGGUUUAGCAGGGAUGGGUUUAUGUUUCAGUUACAAAGAUAAAAGUAUGCCAUAUAAUUUAUUUAUAUGAAAAUUUAUUUUUGUAGUGUACAUAGUAGUCCUCAAUUCUUUUGACAGAAUUAUAUUUUUAAAGAGUUUAUAUGUAAUGAUGAUACCAUUGUGUUUUGGAACGUUGCUGAAACAUAAAUACAAUGCACACUUUUAAUCAUCAGCCCCAUUUUACAAACAAAGAAAAUGUUAACAGUGUUAAAGAGAGCGUGAAUAUUCAUGUCAUUCUGAACUGUUUUAGUUACCAUUGUGACCUAGUGUGGUUCUCAGUUUUAAAUCAUGAGUGAGAAUUUGUACAAACUCUCUAAACAUUAAUGUUCAAACACUGAUAGAAAUUCUAACAUGAA